AUGAGUCCGAACAGCGCCUUUGCCAGCAGGGUCUAUCGAUUCAGCGACAAGAACAUCUGGAUCACGGCCUUCAUUCUCCUUCUUGCGGAGUUCCCAGUGUUUGCUGUGCACGCUUUCACUCUCGAGUCUAUCACGGCUGUGUUUGACCUGCAGGAGAUCGUCACGGUGGCGCUUAGUCUGGGUGUCUUGACGGACAUUGUCAUUGCCCUCUGCUUGAUUUUCUAUCUGUCUCGGAUGCGGACAGGGCACCACAGCUCGGAUUCGCUAGUGCGGCGACUGGUCAUGGGGGCGAUCAGCACGGGCGUGCUCACCUCCGUUGUCAGCGCUGCCACGCUAUUCGCUUUCGAUUUCGUCCAACAUAGCUUCAUCUUUGCGGCUUGUUACUUCCUUCUCUCCAAGCUGUAUGCUGUGUCCUUCCUAGCGACGCUCAACUCUCGCACCAUCACUCACGAGCGCGGGUCCAACGACGCUGCGUCCAGCAUACAAGAGGGACUGACUCGCACUCCGUCCCGGAUUCGAUCUAAGCGAAGCCGAGGGCAGUCGAUGAAUCAAGCCUCUGAAGUCGAGACCAACAUGUUCCAUAUGGGCACUCGCCUGCCCAGUUUCUAUGCCCAAGAAUCGGAAGAAUUGCCGAGUCCAGGGUACGCC